AUGGGUAUCUGUGAGCUCCUGUAUGUGGAAAAGGGCAGACAGUGCCUUCCUCCGAGAUGCAAUUGGCUGACUUCACGUGUCUUGGAGGAAGUACAUGACGUGUUUAAUGACCCGAUCCAUGGUCACAUUGAGCUCCACCCCCUGCUGGUGAAGAUCAUCGACACUCCUCAGUUCCAGAGACUACGAUACAUUAAACAGCUGGGAGGAGCAUACUUUGUGUUUCCUGGAGCUUCACACAACCGCUUUGAACACUCCAUAGGUGUUGCGCAUUUAGCAGGCUGUCUCCUUAAAUCUCUGAGGGACAAACAACCAGAGCUAGAGAUCACCGAAAGAGACAUCCUGUGUGUUCAAAUCGCUGGCUUGUGCCAUGACUUGGGUCACGGCCCAUUUUCUCAUCUGUUUGACAGCUUGUUUAUAGCAAAGGUCCGUCCUGAACGGAAAUGGAAGCAUGAGACUGCGUCAGUGCAGAUGUUUGACCACCUGGUGGAGAAGAAUAAUCUGCAGGCUGUGAUGAAGAAAUAUAACCUCCAUGUUGAGAAGAAUGAUGAUGACCUCAACUUUAUCAAAGCACUAAUUGACUCCACUGGCUCACAAGAUACAGUAGAACGUACAAAGAUGAACAUAGAAAGGAUUUUUUUUUUUGAGAUUGUGGCAAAUAAGAGAACCGGUAUUGAUGUGGAUAAAUGGGAUUAUUUCACCAGAGACUCAUAUCACCUGGGCAUCCCGACCAGCUCAGACCACAACCGUUUCAUCAAAUUUGCCCGAGUGUGUGAGGUCAAAGAGCUUUGGAAGAAGCUCAUCUGUGCCAGAGACAAGGAAGUCCAUGAUUUAUAUGAGAUGUUUCAUACAAGAUACUGUCUACACCGCAGAGCCUAUCAGCACCCUGUGGCCACGAUCAUUGAGAAAAUGAUAACAGAAGCCUUGGAGAAGGCCAAUCCUCACAUUGAGAUCAAGGGUUCCUCCGGAAGGAUGUGUAAAAUAUCAGAGACCAUAGAUGACAUGGAGGCCUACACCAAGCUCACAGAUCACAUUUUUGAGCAGAUUCUGUACUCCUCUGAUGAAAACCUGCUUGAUGCGCAGUCCAUCCUGGAGAACAUCAUCCACAGAAAAUUCUAUAAGUUUGUGGGAGAAAGACCUCAAGAUCAAAUUCCAGGGUCAGAGGUCACAGCCUUCAGUUAUGUAUUUACCAUUAUCAGUUCAGUCAGAGCUGUACAUAAUAAAACCUUCAUUUUUAUGGGUUAA